GCUUUGCCGCCACAGUCAGAAAAAAGAGCAUAGCGUUGUUGCCAGAAGCAACAAGUUCCUGCUUUCCUUUUAUUGCAUAUUGACCACCUCGGGGGCACUAAAAUGUUCAGCCUCUUGAUUCUUUUUGUUGCUGCUGCUGCCCACCUCCUUUUUUUUGUUUAUUGUUAUGGUUCUUUUGGGUUCAUAUUUUUUUUACGUGUUGGGUUAGUACACGUCUCUUUUUUUUUUUUUUUCCCUCGUUCUGUCUCACACGACACGUAAUUCCCAUUUGCACAAGACAACAUUUGAAACGAGCGAUUGGAGUUGAUGUGACAAGGUCUCCGGAUAAUUUUGUGGGUGUAGGCUACAGCGUUGUACGCAAAGGUGGAGCGGUGGCAGAUUCAAGUCCUGUGGGCUGCAACUCCCCGAAGCCCUGCACAUGAUGUUUUUGGCGAUGAACAUUUCACGCCUUCAGUUUUGUUCCUGACGAACGAUAAGGAAGCCGCACUACGUCUCCUGUGGUUUCCGUCUUUUGGAUUUUGAGCUUAAUUGCCAAACAAAUCGUUUUGUUUUGUUUUAACCAGUUUCUACUGAGCUAAAGGGUUGCUAGUUUUGUGCUCAGGCUUGAGCCAUCGAGGCCCGGUUUGCCACAUGGUACGUUUGUUUUGUUCUUCACUGUUUGCUGUCAACGUUUGCAGGCAUCUCUCACUUUCUCCGAACACCCCGAGAGGACUGACUGCGACUUAGCGAUUCGGAUGUAGGCUCCGGCACACGGCUGGAAGACCCUGCAAAGCUUACUGUCCUGGCUGUGAAGUGCACACGAGAGUUCCUGCAAAGACGGUUUCCUAGAUGAUCAUUCUCUCUCUCUCUCUCUCUCUCUCUCUCUCCCCCCUCCACCUUGUGCAAUUUCUCCCGCCCUCCAUCACCCUCUUCUGCCAUCCUUCCUGCCUCCGUGCCAAGUGGGGACACUCCUGAGUCGGAGGAGCUCGGUCGGGCUUUGUUACGUGAUUGCAUGUAUUGAGUAGAAUCCCCCCGCCGAAUGCUGUCGUACAAGCAGAUGGACUGGCUCGGUGGAUUUGUGUGAGGUCAGAGGUUACUGGACUGACAAAGUUGCCGAAGGUAGGAACGACUCUACACGUACUUUUAUAAUACAUUGAUUUUUGGCAUGUUAUUGUGCAUAUUAUGUGACAAAUAAUUUUUGUUUUUUUCUUGCACUGGACAGUGAUUUUUAAAUGUCUAAAUGGGAUAUUUGAAGCAAUUGAUUUUUUUUUUUUCACCCACCAAUACAAAAUGAGUAGGGUUUUCAUCAUUAUUAAUAUUCAACUAUUAUUUGGUCCUCAGUGGAACAGGAACAAUAAAUCCAUCCAAUCCAAAUAAAAAUGUAAUUAUUUAUUAUAUAUAUAUAUAAAAUGUGUUUACUUUUGAAGUCUUUCCCCUGCUCCGAGCUUUUACGCAAGCGAUUAGUGGAAGAGCGUCUGUGUUUUGUGUUCAACUUGUUUGAGAGCAUUCGGGAGGUUGCGCUGUUGUUUUCUCUUUCCAGGCCGCCAAGCAGAAGAGUGUGUGUGUGGGUGUGGGCAUACACACACAGCCCAGCAGUUACCCAAGUGACACCGCUCCCGCGGGAGAGCUUCAAGACGCCUCCGCGUGUUUUCAUUAAUGAUCGUCUAAUUAGUCGCACGGCGGUAACAGUCGUCAAAAUACCUCUUAGCGCUCGGGAGGCUGCGAAGGCCCCGUCUUGCCCGUCUUGCCAGCCUUGCCCGUCGCUCAUCCCUCACAAGGACGUGCGUGAGCGGCUGCUUUUCCAUUUUCAGUUGCCCCCUCCCUUGCACGCGCCUCAGUCACCAUGUGAGGGACCGCCACCGACACCCGCGGGUCCCUGACGUGCACGCCAUCGACUCGCAACCUUGCCUGCCAUCCGAUGACGAUGACGGGCCACACACCUGAGCGAGAUCGCUCCCCCCACAGCCUGUCAGUCAAGACCAGCUUGGAGGAGGAGAUCGAGCGAGCCGAGAGUAUUCUAAGCAGGGUUCCAUCCGUCUGCGACGAGACGUCCUCGGAGCUUCGGAGGGUCGCUGCUCUCGAUCCUCACGGUGGCAACUCGAGGAACUCUCUCCAAAGGAAUGCAGCCGUCUCGAGACUGGCGAGCCUGGUGCUGAGACUGAGGGAAUGGGCUCGCAGGAGCUUAGCGGCGCAGGAGCAGGAGAGGCCCGACUCCUUCCUGGAGCGCUUCAGAGGCCCCGAGCUCACCAAGGCCCCCAGCCGCACCGGCGACACGCAAACGGACGCCGGCGGCAUCCUGAGGGGGAAAUGGGCCGUUUUUGUGGUGUCCCCAUCUGCCGACGCCUACUACCGCUGGUUAUUCGUCAUCGCUGCAGCGGUGCUCUACAACUGGUUCCUCGUCGUGGCGAGGGCGUGUUUCGAUCGAUUGCAGGUGGCCAACUACAUCGUCUGGCUGGUGCUGGACUACCUCGCUGACCUCGUCUACAUCGCGGACACUUGCGUGCGACUCCGCACAGGCUUCCUGGAGCAAGGCCUCCUGGUGAAGGACCACAGCAAGCUCAGGGACAACUACGUGCGCACGUUGCAGUUCAAGCUGGACGUGGUGUCCAUCCUGCCCACCGACCUGGCCUACUUCUCCACCGGCAUCCACACGCCUCAACUCAGGUUCAACCGCCUGCUGCGCUUCCCGCGGAUGUUCGAGUUCUUUGACCGCACCGAGACGCGCACCGACUACCCCAACAUCUUCCGCAUCUGCAACUUGGUGCUCUACAUCCUGGUCAUCAUUCACUGGAACGCCUGCAUCUACUACGCCAUCUCCAAGUCUUUAGGGUUGGGCUCAGACACUUGGGUGUUCCCGAACAUCUCCAAACCGGAGUAUUCCUCUCUAACUCGGAGUUACGUCUACUGUCUGUACUGGUCCACUCUCACUCUUACCACUAUCGGAGAGAUGCCUGCGCCGGUGCGAGACGAAGAGUACCUUUUUGUGGUUUUUGAUUUUCUGGUCGGCGUUCUGAUCUUUGCCACAAUUGUGGGAAAUGUCGGUUCCAUGAUCUCCAACAUGAACGCCACCCGUGCCGAGUUCCAGGCUCGGAUCGACGCCGUCAAACAUUACAUGCACUUCCGCAAAGUCAGCAAAGAGCUGGAGACGCGCAUCAUCAAGUGGUUCGACUACCUCUGGCUCAACGAGAAAGCCGUGGACGAGCGGGAGGUGCUCAAGAACCUGCCCGACAAACUGCGAGCCGAGAUCGCCAUCAACGUCCACCUGGAGACCUUGAAGAAAGUGCGCAUCUUUCAAGACUGCGAGGCGGGACUGCUGGUGGAGCUCGUGCUCAAACUACGGCCGCAGGUCUUCAGUCCCGGCGACUACAUCUGCAGGAAAGGCGACAUCGGGAAGGAGAUGUAUAUCAUCAAAGAGGGCAAGCUGGCCGUGGUGGGUGACGACGGGGUGACGCAGUACGCCCUCCUCGUCGCCGGCAGUUGCUUUGGAGAAAUCAGCAUUUUGAAUAUUAAAGGAAGCAAAACGGGCAACCGGCGGACCGCCAACAUUCGCAGUCUGGGAUACUCGGAUCUGUUCUGCCUCUCCAAGGACGACUUGAUGGAGGCCGUGACGGAGUAUCCGGACGCUCGGACGGUCCUGGAGGAGAGGGGCCGUGAGAUCCUGAUCAAGGAGGGGAUGCUGGAGGACAACGCCGAGAGCGCCGGCCUGCGGCGGGAAGACACGGAAGAGAAGGUGGAGAGGCUGGAAUCCUCCCUGGACAGCCUCCACACUCGCGUUUCGCGGCUUCUCUGCGACUACGCGCACACGCAGCAGAGGCUGAAGCGGCGCAUCACGCUGCUGGAGCGGCGGAUGAAUCCAACGGACUGCGGCGCCGACCUCGACCCCGUCGCCGAUCUGGAGGGGACGGUCGGUGACGCUGGCGCUCGGCCUCCCAUCCACGCGGGGGACUCUACUCUUCGGAGUGCACUCGUACCUUGAAUUCCAAGUGGCCUAACUUCCGAGCCGUCGUUUGCUCGAUUCCAGUUUGGGCGAGCUUCAGAUACGCCGCCGCUUGAGUCAAGCGGGGGCAAAACAGCAAUUCGGAUACUGGCAUGCCCUCGCCGCGCCAACGGGGCAAACAGUCAAACGCACAAAUGCAAAAUGAGAACACUCGCAAGGAGCUGCUGGAGCCGCAACUUACGGCUCCGGCUCGGCGUGUUGCUCGCUAGGCCACGCCCCCAGCAUAUCAAUACAGUUCGUAGAGCAACUGAACUUUCGAAAAGUAGUUUAUUUGUAUUUGUUUUACAGUUUCUUUUAUUCUUUUAUAUUUUGCUUUCAUUAGGGAUAGGUGAGUACCGAUAGCGGCCUUAUUUGAAAAGCCUUUAAGUAUACAGUGGACCCGUGCAUACUCUCGGUUUGGCACCCGCAGAUUCACCUCUCUGCAUUUGAACGCCGCAUCUCUUGAUGGAGAUGGAAGCAAAACCCAAUCGGAUCACACGUUUCCAAAAUAAAAGUAGAUGAAAGCCAAGCGUUGAAUUCAGAGGAAGCCAACAAGCUGGUUUGGGAAUCUCCCACAUUGCGUAAUAAUCACUCAUCGGUGUACUUAACUUCAUUUAUCGAAUGAGGUCACUUGUGUUGCCAAAGUGGGAGAUUACAAUUUGUCAGCCAUCGGAUUGAACCCUUUUUAAUGUGUACAAAUCUACUGCCGCCUUCAGUUUUUGUCUCUUUUUAAACUCGCCCCCCAAAACUAAAUCAGGGAAAGGACACGCAGCUGUUUUUGUGUUCCAUUCGCUGAAGAAGGUGCUUGUUAGUUGUUGCAUGCUGCUGGGGGCAUCGGGGAACACUUUUGAGCAGGUGCAGCCCCUCCUCCUCCUCCCCAACACACACACACACACUUUCAACAGUUAGUCGCCAUAUGGCACAUGCAGGACAACUGCUGCACGCCUUCUGUGCACCGUCAUUUGCUUUUCAUAACUUGAAUAGAUCCAGGAUGCGAAAUAAAUAGCAUGUUAAUCCACAAUCAUGUCAUUUGUGAAUUGAGUCGCAUUGGCAGGAAAAAGAAGUGAGGUUACUUGCGAAGCGUCCAUCCAACCAAAUUCCAAUGAAUCUUUUUUUUCGGCUGACAAUUUCUGUCACGACGAGUCAGGUUCCAAUUUGCAAAGUGCUGCUUUUUAUUUAGAUUGAAUUCCAACUCGAUAUGCGAGCUCACUGAUGACCGCAAUGUGCACUGUACGGUUGCUUUUUUUAUGUUGAAGAUCAGCAAACAAAUGUAAAUAUAAGACAAAGAUCAGCCAAGUAUACGCGCAAUGCAGUUUUUAAAGGGUGAUUUGAUUUAUUAAGGGAACAAACUAUUCACUGGCCCCCCAGCCCCGCUAAAUCAUUAAUUAAUUAACUGUGGCUAAUCACAUUUUUUGGUUCAUUUGCACGAACCCGCUCGACCCUGAGUCGCUCCGGAGCGGUUCAGUAGAGAAAACAUUGAAAUAGAACCUGUUUGACAAAAGACUUCGAAACAGCUGUGACAAAAUGCCAGAAUCCAAAGAAAUUGCCACCGAUCGGUCGGGGAAGGUGACAAAGCCAUUUCGAAAGCUUUAGGACUCCAGCAAACCGCGAUGAGAGCCAUUAUCCUCAAAUGGAGAAAAAAAAUGAAGAGUGGUGAAUGUUACUAGCAGGGGUCGCCCAACAAAACUGACCCCAAGAGCACGGCGACGGCUUAUCCGGGAGGUCACAAAGGAAGCCAACGCAUUUGAGAUUUCAUAAUUCCGCACUUUUGCCAAACUCUGAAUUUCCGGACUUCAGUCAAAAACUCUAAUAAUUUGAGUAACAUUUGACAUUUCAGGCUGUUUUGAAACCCUACUUUAAAACUCCAACCCCGUUUUCAAACCCUACUUUAAAUCCAUAACCCCGUUUUGAAACACUGCUUUGAAACCCCAAUCCCGUUAAAAAACCCGACAUGAGACCCUAACCCAGUUUUAAAAUCAUAGUGAGAAAACUUAACCCCUUUUUGAAAAACCUACUUUGAAAGCCUUACCAUGUUUAGAAACCCGACCUUUGAAACCUUAAACCCAUUUUGAAACCCCAACUCCGUUUAGAAACCCCGACUUUGAAACCUUAACCGCAUUUUGAAACCCUAAUUUGAUACCCUAACCUUGUUUUGAAACACCUAACCCUGUUUAGAAACCCGAAUUUGUGACCCUAACUCCGUUUUGAAACCAUACUUUUAAAUCUUAAUCCUAAUUUGAAACUUUUUGUUUUAGAAAAUCCGAGCUGUUGUCACAGUCUCUAAAUAGUUUUCAAAUAAGUGAAUUUUCUGCCUUAAUUUCUAAAAACUGCAUUUUGCGUUUACUUGGGUUCUCUUUCGGAUAUUUACAUUUGUUUGAUGAUCUUAAACAGUAAAGUGGGGAAACUGAAGAGAAAAAAAUAAAUAAAAAAUUAUUUGAGAAGUGGGCAAAUAGUUUUUCAUGGGAGUGGACCUCCUUCCUGGCUUUUCAGGGGUGGGCAAAGUUUUGUUGUCAAAUAUCCUGAAGACACACAAAGACAAGGUAUUUCUGAAGAAAACUAUAUUGCUUGUAUUUUCAAAGAACAGCACACAUACAUUGGCGCAGUAGCUGUUGCAUUUCCUACUGACAAAAAAAAAAAGAAACCCCCACCCCCCACCCCCGAACACUGGGGUCUUCGGUACAUCACAUCCCCCUUCAGAGUAAACACAUGGUUUCAUUUCAUUGUUUAAUAGGCCACAGGAGGACAAAUAGUUGACGAGAAAAACAAAAACAAAACAAAAACGGCGCCGCUCGAGAUUCUUAAAGUGACCGGGAAACAAACAGACAAAAAAAAAAAAAAAAAAAAGUAAA